AUGGUGGCUUCACACGACCCCGACAUUGGACCAGACGUCGAGAGACAAUUGCUGGAACAGUUUUUUCCUCAGGGGAAGUCCAGGGAUGGAAGGUCUGCUCUCGUUGCAGAAGCCUGUAUCGUUGUGGAUUCGGAGGGAAUCAUUCUCCUGUGGUAUUUACCCGGUUCGCUUCAAGAGGCCAGGCAGGAUCUCCUAUGCAGGGCAAUCGAAAAUCUUGCUCGUCGCAAGAACACCCCUAUUCAGAAACAGACGCACACCAACCCACCUCAUCACUUUUACGAUUCAGAAGAUAACAUCGUACCGCCUGGAGAAGCCAUGUUUUACAUGUUUGAUGGAACAAAGGAGGCGAGCCACAGCUUCGCCAAGCUUCACAGAGCAAUCUGA